AUGAGGCGAGAUUCCUUUUUCGUGGUUUUAAUGUUUUGCAUAGGCCCGCUGGUUCUCUUAAAUGCUGCCUUAGUCUUUGCGACAACGCUGGACCACGUUAAUGUUGCAGAGUCAAAUGCAGCAGUCGGAGCAGUCGGAGCUGGGAGAGGCGUAGUAGCCGCGAUGACUGCAUCUGGAAUGAUGCCCGAUGAAGAUUCCGAGGAUCAAGACAAUGAAGACGAGGAGGAGGACGAAGAGGAGGAAGACGAGGACGAAAGAGACAGAGAUUCUCUUGGUGGGACUAACGAUGACUCGUAUUUGCUGGGCGAAGACGAGGACUCGCCUCUGGCGACCAUCACAGGCGGAGGCGGCGUCUCCAAUCCCAACAUCAACAUCAACGGCAAUUCUAAUGGCAAUGCCAACGGAAUUGGGAAUGUCAAUGUGAAUGCGAAUGCCAACGGGAAUGCGAACAGUGGCGCGGGGACCGGGAUCGCCGGGAACGGUGCCGCUGCAGAUACCGAGCUAAUCUCAGAGACGGGGGGCCACCUCCCCGUCUUCCUAAUGGAGCCCCUGGAUGCCUUUGUCGUCAAAAACAAACCGGCGACGCUCCGCUGCAAGGCCGCCCACGCGCUCCAGCUUUACUUUCGCUGCAACGGGCAUCGCGCCGAAGAUUCUCAUCAGACCGAUUUUGUGGAUCCCCACACGGGGACCAGGAUUGUUGAUUCUGAGCUCAAUGUUACCAGGGAUCACAUUGAGGAGUACUUCGGGAAAGACAAAUUCAAGUGCGAGUGCGUCGCUUGGGCUGGCUCCGGGUCCAUCAAAAAUCUAAAAAAGCAAUUCGAGUCACCGCCGUACUCGGUGUCGGUCGAAGCCGGGCAGAGCACCGAGCUCAGAUGUAUACCACCCACCGGGGUGCCGUCUCCGCGAGUCUACUGGCUGAGGAAUGGAGCGGCAAUCACGACCGGCUCGGAUGCCGACGCGGCUCUCCUCGUCUCAAGCGAGGGCCAUCUUCUCUUGGGUCAAGCCAAGAUCACUCACCAGGCCAAUUAUACCUGCGUUGCCGAGAACAUUGCUGCAAAACGUCUCAGCGCCCCAGCGACCAUCACUGUUUACGUUAAUGGCGGCUGGUCCGCCUGGUCUCCUUGGUCAGAGUGUCACUCACGUUGUGCCAAGGGCGGUCAAAAACGGACGCGAACCUGCACAAAUCCGGCGCCCAUAAACGACGGGCAGCCUUGCCUGGGUCCUGCAGUCCAGAAGAUGGAUUGCAACGCCGCAUGUCCCGUAGAUAGAGCGAAAAUGGGUGGCGUUCAAUUCACGACGACAACGACUACGCAAAAAGCGGACAGCGAGAGUAUUAGCCCGCGUAUUACAUUUUAUAUUUGCGAUAGCGAUACUUCAGCGUGGAAAAGUCCGAAUAUAUUCUAUCCGAGUCUUGUGUACGGUGUACUUGUACACUCUUGUGCGGCCAAUCGACGAAUGGACGUGGCGCUUUAUGUUGGGCUCGCACUCGCCUGCGCUUUUGGCGGCGGGCUUGCACUUCUUUUAAUCAGACUUGUACGCCGGAAAGGCCGCGACCACGCUCUUUACUCUAUGGCACGUAAUGCAGAUUUCCAGCCGGAGUACUUUCCAGAACACGAUAAGAAAAUGUGUCUCCAGCCGGAUCUAACAGCAGGAACAACAGUCCAAGCCUCCUACGACGUCGGGAGUUCCUCGUACCCGUCCUCAGAUUCGACGACGACGACCUACAACGUCGCCUCGGAGCGCGUGAGGCUCGCCGCGGCCAAGCUCGAGCAGUCCGGCAACGUCGCGAGGGCCGCGGUCAACGCACGGGGGGCCCUCCUGGUCCUUCCGGACUCCGGAGUGUCCCUCUCGGUCCCGGAGGGCGCGAUCUCCAAGGCCCAAGGACGGCGACAGCUCGACCUAUCUGUUCUCGACGAGGACAGGUUCCGCCCGAGAUUGCCAGAGGGCAUGACUCAACUAUCGGCAGCGAUCUACUGCGGGCCACCUGCUGUCGCGUUCGACAAGCCGGUGAUCCUCCAGUUUGAGCACGCAGCGAUGUUGCACCCCGCGGGUACGUGGGAACUGAGCGUCUGGGCGUCUGACGACCAGCCUGACGGGCCAGCUGACGAGGAGGAGACGGCCCAGGACAGCAAGCUGAUGCACCCGCACCAUACGUCCAGCGGGGACUCCAGCCUGGACAAGCUCAGCCCAGUCACCUGGACAAAAGUCCUCACGCUGGGCAGCGAGACGAUAAACACGCCGCUGUUCACCCAGCUGGACCACUCUGAAGCUUUUAUCGUCACCGAGCAGCUCCGGAGCUACGUCCUAGUCGGGUCCAGCGCGGAAGACGCGAUCGCCGCCAAGAGACUCCGGGUCCUGCUCUACGCGAGCCAAUAUUGCGUCCGGGUCUACGUGAUCGAGGACACUAAGGCCGCGAUAAAGAUAAUCGCCGACCGCGAGGCGCAAAUUCGCGGAUACCUCCUUGACAAGCCGCGGCCUCUCCUCUUCCGCGACAGCGGGGAAAAUCUCUGGGUCAGCCUUGAGCAGGUCGGCAACGAGUGGCAGAGCAAGUCCCCGACAGAGCACCAGGAAAUCGCGUUCGCUGAUGUCUGGAACUGUCCCAGCAAUUCGAGUCAUGUCGCGUUCACUCUUGAUGAGAGUUUCGAUGCGGUUACGACCACCAAGAGCUACAAGCUCCAGGUAUGCCAAGGCCGGACCUCCGAUGCCCAGAGGCAGGUAUUUCGCAUCGUCUACGACGUGAUUAAGCAACGGGUCUUUUCGGGUAGUGUUACUCGCCCGCUCAGGGAAGUUACCGUCGUUAGCAGUGUUGGUGCCAAUAAUAUUACGUCUACGGACUCCUCUGCCCGCGGGCCUUUCAGGUUCACCAGAUCCCUCAGGAAACAACUCUGCCAGUGCCUCGACCCGCCCAACGCACUCGGCAAUGACUGGAGAAUGCUCGCUCAGAGACUACAAGUUGACAGAUACAUCAAUUACUUCGCCACAAAAGCCAGCCCCACGGAGCACAUUCUGGAUCUUUGGGAGGCACGACAUCGCGAGGCAAGCGCAGUUACCGAUCUACUUAACCAUUUACGUACAAUGGGAAGAACCGACGCGGCGACUAUCCUCGAAGCACAAUUGGGAGCCUGGCUCUAG